GUCGCAACUAAGCCAACCAAGUUCAGUCCAUCUUCCAGUCUCUCCGCCAAAAUGUCCUCUGCCGCCACAAAGGACGAUAAUGCCCGGGCUCACCCAGCCGUCAAGGGCCCCAGUGCCCUUCGUUCCAUUCUCGCUGGUGCGACUGCCGGCGCCGUCGAGAUUGCCAUCACAUAUCCCGCCGAGUUCGCCAAGACUCGCACCCAGCUCAACCGCAAGUUAGCCGAGGGCCAGAAGCUCCCAUGGCCGCCCUUUGGCGCGCAAUGGUAUGCCGGCUGCACGACACUGAUUAUCGGCAACUCGCUCAAGGCGGGCAUUCGAUUCGUCGCCUUUGACCAGUACAAGAAGCUCCUUUCCGAUUCCAACGGCAAGCUCUCUGGGCCAGGCACCGUCCUUGCCGGCUUUGGCGCCGGUGUGACUGAGUCACUGCUGGCCGUGACGCCAACUGAGAGCAUCAAGACCACGCUCAUCGACGACCGCAAGUCCGCCAAGCCUCGCCUCCGCGGCUUCCUCGACGCCGUCCCUGUCAUCUACCGCGAGCGCGGCAUUCGCGGUUUCUUCCAAGGUUUCGUCCCCACCACCGCGCGACAAGCCGCCAACAGCGCCACUCGUUUCUCAACCUAUACCGCGUUGAAGCAGCUGGCCGAAAGCUACACGGCACCCGGGGAGAAGCUCGGUGCUGUUGGAACCUUCGCGAUGGGCGGUAUCGCGGGUUUGAUCACCGUCUACGUCACUCAGCCGUUGGAUACGAUCAAGACGAGAAUGCAAAGUAUUGAGGCCAAGCAGCUUUACGGCAACUCGUUCAGGUGCGCCAGCAUCAUCUUCAAGCAGGAAGGCGUUUUGACUUUCUGGAGCGGUGCGCUGCCGCGGUUGGCGAGACUGAUUUUGAGUGGUGGGAUUGUGUUCACCAUGUACGAGAAGAGCAUGGAUCUGUUUGACAGGCUCGACCCGGAGAGAAAGUAUAUCUAAUGGAAUUGCCACGAGCGAGGGCGUUGAGGCGUCUUUUCAUGUUAUGAUGGAUGAAGACAACGGGAUCAGUACAAGAGACGGACCAGAAGAGAGAAAGAUGGACAGACGAAACCCACGAGACCAGCGACGACAGGAUGAACGCACCUAAUGGCAUAGGUAGACAAAAGCUGUAUAUAUGUUUGACACAGGUAUAUACCCAACAUGUACAGACAAAUGUGGAACA